CGGCCUCCCGCUCUCACUUCCUUCUCGAGCCCGGAGCCGCUGCCGCCGCCCCCAGCUCCCCCGCCUCGGGGAGGGCAUCAGCCUGGAAAAUAGCUAAUACUGGCCAGGCGCGGUGGCUCACACCUGUAAUCCCAGCACUUUGGGAGACCAAGGCGGGCGGAUCACAAGGUCAGGAGAUCAAGACCAUCCUGGCUAACUCGGUCACUGCAGCCAGAGGGGUCCAGAAGAGAGAGGAGGCACUGCCUCCACUACAGCAACUGCACCCACGAUGCAGAGCAUCAAGUGCGUGGUGGUGGGUGAUGGGGCUGUGGGCAAGACAUGCCUGCUCAUCUGCUACACAACUAAUGCUUUCCCCAAAGAGUACAUCCCCACCGUGUUCGACAAUUACAGCGCGCAGAGCGCAGUUGAUGGGCGCACAGUGAACCUGAACCUGUGGGACACUGCGGGCCAGGAGGAGUAUGACCGCCUCCGUACACUGUCCUACCCUCAGACCAACGUCUUUGUCAUCUGUUUCUCCAUUGCCAGUCCGCCUUCCUAUGAGAACGUGCGACACAAGUGGCAUCCAGAGGUGUGCCACCACUGCCCUGAUGUGCCCAUCCUGCUGGUGGGCACCAAGAAGGACCUGAGAGCCCAGCCUGACACUCUACGGCGCCUCAAGGAGCAGGGCCAGGCGCCCAUCACACCGCAGCAGGGCCAGGCACUGGCCAAGCAGAUCCACGCUGUGCGCUACCUCGAAUGCUCAGCCCUGCAACAGGAUGGUGUCAAGGAAGUGUUCGCUGAGGCUGUCCGGGCUGUGCUCAACCCCACUCCGAUCAAGCGGGGGCGGUCCUGCGUCCUCUUGUGACCCUGGCACUCGGCUUGGAGGCUGCCCCUGCCCUCCCCCACCAGUUGUGCCUUGGUGCCUUGUCCGCCCCAGCUGUGCCUUAAGGACUAAUUCUGGCACCCCUUUCCAGGGGGCUCCCUGAAUGCCUUUUUCUCUGAGUGCCUUUUUCUCCUUAAGGAGGCCUGCAGAGAAAGGGGCUUUGGGCUCUGCCCCGCUCUGCUUGGGAAGGGAACACCGGGUAUUCUCAUGAGCUCAUCCAAGCCAAGGUUGGACCCCUCCCCAAGAGGCCAACCCAGUGCCCCCUCCCAUUUUCCGCUACUGACCAGUUCAUCUAGCUUUCCACACAGUUGUUGCUGCCUAUUGUGGUGCCUCCUCAGGUUAGGGGCUCUCAGCCAUCUCUAACCUCUGCCCUCGCUGUUCUUGGAAUUGCACCCCCAAGAUGCUCUCUCCCUUCUCCAGUGAGGGAGCCACAGAAUCCUGAGAAGGUGAAUGUGCCCUAACCUGCUCCUCUGUGCCCAGGCCUUAUGCAUUUGCUGACUGACUCAGCCCCCAUGCUUCUGGGGGCCUUUCCUACCCCCAUCAGCAUCAAUAAAACCUCCUGUCUCCAGUG